AUGUAUCAAGACUUGAAACAACACUUCUGGUGGCGAAGUAUGAAAAAGGAUAUCGCGGAAUACGUGAGUAAGUGUCUGGUGUGCCAACAAGUAAAAGCCCCUAGGCAGAAAACCGCCGGGCUACUACAACCUCUAAGUAUACCGGAAUGGAAAUGGGAAAACAUUGCCAUGGAUUUCAUAGUAGGCCUACCCAAAACAUUAAAGGGCUAUACGGUAAUCUGGGUGGUCGUCGAUCGUCUGACAAAGUCAGCUCACUUCCUACCGGAGAGAAAAGUCAUCGGAAAAACGCAUAGGCAACCGGGUGAAGAAGACGAGGUCCGACCCGAGGUCCAGAUCCCGAAACCCGAACCGAACCCAAUCACCUUAGGUCAGCCCAGUACCCGACGAUUCCUGCGGCCUAGUCGCUUCAGCCCAAAACGCGUAAGCCCAGUUACGGCCAAACCCGAUAGCCUCGACCUGAGACCCGCAAGCCCAGUCCAACGCCGACACGUCCAGCCCAACCCACCUGAAUUUAUCCUUCAGUCGGGCUGGCCUGUCUCCCGCGAACGGCCCGAGACCCGCGAGCGAUCCGAUAACCCGCGCCUCGACCCGAGACCCCUACACACGCGUCUCCCUCUGAUUGUGACACGUGGCACGUUUGCGGCGCGGCUCCCCUUGACGACGACUUCUCGGCUCCGGCGGCUUAUUCGGCUCGGGAAACCUAUUUCCAGCCCGUUUGUCACCGUUCCGACCCUCCCGAACUUAGUUUCGGCCCUAUUUAAGGAACCAAUCAUCAACGGAAGCAUAGAACGUUCACGAGGAGCUAGGAGCUUACAUUAUAUUCUAGGGAGUACUUCGGCUAAGGCAUACCAAAUAAGGGCAAGGCACCCAUGUGACAUCGAUGGCAGCAUCGUACACCCCGGGACCAUGGCACAUGCAUAGGGUAGUUGUUUUUUUCAUUUCAUAGUCUAGGUUGAAUUCGGUUUGCAUCAUUAGUAUAGGUUAGUAUAGGUUGAAUUGUAUUUGCAUAAUAAACCUUAGGAUAG